AUGGUGCUCCCCCUUCUUCUGGCAGUGACGCUAUUCUCGACUUUGGGUACUGCGCUCGCACUGAACGUGUUCCUCGCCGGCGUCGGCAUCCUCGGCGGGGCGCUCGGACGGCGCCGCGGCAUCGUGCGCGAGAAGCCGAAAGGCCGCUGGCUGGACGAGAGCGACAGCGACGAGGACGGGCCAAGCGGUACGCCUGUUGUUGCGCAUCGCGCCAAGCCGCCUUCACUCGUGCUGGCCGAGGAGAAGCCGCUGCCGACUCCCAUCUCCCGCUCGUCCAGCUUAUCCUCCCCGAUCUCGCGCCGGCGCACGAGCCCUUCCCCCGACGGGAGCUUCAGCGUCGACAUGCCCGACUCGCCGACUGACUGGUCCUACCCGCCGACGAUUAAGGAGCCCGUACCCCGCAACAAGCGGCGGCAGGAGGUGGCACCGGCUCCCAAGCCCAGCGGACACAUCCCCUUCCUCUCUGUGUACCGCGCACACAUGAUGGUCAUGACUGUGCUGUGUAUCCUGGCCGUCGACUUCCCCGUCUUCCCCCGCAUUCUGGGAAAGUGCGAGAGCUUUGGCACGUCACUCAUGGACGUCGGCGUCGGAAGCUUCGUCUUCUCACUUGGCAUUGUCAGCUCGCGCGCCUUCAAUCGUGCCUCUGGCGCGGGCGCCGCGCUCAAGAGCCUCCGCGCCGCUGUGCCUGUGCUCGCGUUGGGUCUCGUGCGCCUCAUGAUGGUCAAGGGGGCGGAGUAUCCUGAACACGUCACAGAGUACGGAGUGCACUGGAACUUCUUCUUCACGCUCGGCCUCGUGCCUGCCAUAUCGGCAUUCCUGCGUCCGCUGCGCCGGCUCAACGUCAAGUGGACGACGGUCGGUUUGAUCAUUGCGGUGUUGUAUCAGCUGGUCCUGUCGCGGACGUCGCUUCAGUCCUUCCUCCUGUCUGACUCGCGGCCGGGUCUGCUAGGCGAGAACAAAGAGGGUAUCGCCAGUCUGCCCGGAUACAUCGCGUUCUUCCUGAUCGGGCUCUCGAUCGGAGAGCACAUCCUGCGUCUGGGUGACACGAAGGCCGACUCCCCUGAGGAAGCCUCCGAGAAGCUCGCCAAGCGCAAGACGGAGCUCAUGCUCGAGCUCCUCGGCUAUGCGGCCGCGUCGUGGCUUGCAAUCUGGGCGCUGAAGUGGCUCGGCGUCCCCGUCAGCCGCCGCUUCGCCAACCUGCCGUACGUGCUCUGGACGACAGCAUACAACACGAGCUACCUCGCCGGCUUCCUGGCGCUCGAGCUCGCCCUAUUCCCGAAUGGGAGCGCCGAUGCGUGCCCGCCUCUCCUCGAGGCUGUGAACAGAAACGGACUCGCCGUGUUCCUCCUUGCCAACCUCAUGACGGGGCUCGUCAACGUCAGCAUGCAGACGAUGUAUGCGAGCCACGCCACCGCGCUGACCGUGCUCGCGGCGUACUCCGCCGGCAUCUGUGCGAUUGCCUGGGCGAUUAGAAGAUAUAGAAUCAAGAUUUAG